AGGAGAGAGGAGCUCAAAGUUUCAGGUCGGACACGUACGGAACCCCUGAUCAGGAGCUGCAACCCAAGAGGAACGACUCCACAGACACCUCCUCUCUCAGGGGCUAAACAUACCUGGAAGACAGACGUGUUUUGGUCUAUGAAUUUAAGUGUGCACUUGAGGCGGUUCUAUAGGAACUGCAACCGGGAACAUCUGAUGACAGCACGUCAUGCCUGCUGAAGAAUCAGCAUUCAAAACACUGAAGAUCAAACUAGAUUAAGAAGCUUUUCAAUUCAAAACUGACUACGUACGAGGCUGACCUCCUUUGAAGAUUCAUUUUUCUACCUUCUGUUGCUUUUCCUGUCAAAAGAGGACGUUCUUUCGACUUGUUUGAAUGCUUUUUGAUAGCGUUGACCCACAUUGGAAGCACUUAUCAUGGCAAAAUGUCACAUUUAGCAUGCCACAUUUACAAAAGUGAUGCUCGGUCCUUUUUUAUAUGCAGCGUGGCUGACCGCUGGCUCUAAUUAGACACAUGCACACACCUGGUGUUGCCGGCCUGUUGUUUAAACAGAUAUACCCAAUCUGCACACUAUUCUCUGACACGUGUUGUUUGCAUCGUCAAGAAGAAGAAGAAGAAGUCACAUCUGAUUUGAGAAUGAAAGCUUAAGUGGCACCUCUGGCCUGAUUAACACUUUGGAAACAUCACUCCGCCUCAGGCACGGUUACUCCACUCAGAAAAGCCAUCAUUACACUGUUAGUCACUUCCUUAAAGAUGUGUGGUGCUAGAAAGUAGUUCACUAAAAAAGCGUGUGUGUGUGUGUCACAUUGUGUCAGCCCUUUCUGGGUCACACCACUUUGACUGACCUAGAUUUGAAAACACAUUGGGAGGAAGGUGUGUGUGUGUAGAAGAACAGCAUACACACAUUUAUAGAUAUUUUCACAGCACUCUCUGACCUUGACGAUAUGUUUUGCUUUCUUACUACUGAGCAAACUUCUUAUUAAGGCCCUGAGCAGAAGAGAAACCCCGAUAUUAACCUUCUUAUAAGGCAGGUGGUUUUCCGUCCUCACCACCCCAGAUGAACACCUUCCCCUCCUUCUCCGCCCCUCCUCCCAACACGCCCAUCAUCAAGUCAGUGUGUAAGCCGUGCCUCCGGGCCCCGUGGAGGAUGAACGAUGUUCCCACACUUGACUACGAGUUGCUGCUGUCCCCGGCCGGCUCUUCCCUCCCCAGCAGCGCUGGUGGCGGCGGUGGCAGCAGCAGCCCCCCCCUCGCCCUGGUCGGCGUGGACAAUGAGCAGCGCACCGCCCUGGCCUGCGUAGGCCUCCUCAUGCUCUUCCUGGUCUUCCUGCUGGUCAGGUGCUUCAGGAUCCUGCUGGACCCCUACAGCCGCAUGCCUGCAUCAUCCUGGACUGACCACAAGGAGGGGCUGGAGAGGGGCCAGUUCGAUUAUGCACUGGUGUAAGGGGGGGGGAGAUAUUUCCCUACACAGUUCAUGUAUAAUGGUGUGAAUGCACUCAGGAGGUUUACAAUGUACUGGUGUAUAUAGGAAUCUGCAGGAUGGGGGGACCAGACACCCGGGACUGUCCCAAUUACCAAGACUGUUUGUCCCAAAACUUAGAUUCAAUCCGAGUUGUUUUUAGCCGAAUACAACAUUAAAUAAUCCGUCAUUCUUGGGUAAUCAGAACCUUUACUCAAGUGAAAAAUACUAAUACCACAGUGGAGAAAUACUGCAAGUUACUAACACUGAAGAAACUGAGACGUUGACUUUGAUGAAAUGUAUUAAGUCAACAGAUUUCAGAUACUGUUAGUUGAAAGCAAUAUUAUCUAGUUGAAACUAUUUAAACGUAACAUUACUUUGAAUUAACCUAAUAUAGUUAUGUGAAACCUGCUGACAAUACAUAUAAUUAAAGUCAACAUUUCAGUGUUUUUCAGCCAGAAGAGUUCAUUACUCUACAUACAGUAAGAAGUACAAUAUCUGCUUCCAAAUCGUAGUGUAGUAGAAGUAGGAAAUACUUAUCUAAAGUACAUUGACCUCCAGAUUGUACUUAAGUACUUGAUUAAAGUUUCUUCUCAACACUGUGGGAAUUAUUCUGGUGUUUCCCACACACAGACAGUUCAUGGCAGUCGUAGUUUCUUUAACCCUUGCCCAAUAGAUCUGAGGUUUAAUUGAAAAUAUUGGGGGUAAAUUAAACGUUCCCUUGCUGACAUGGGGCCCCAGAAGUAAGUUAACAUUGAGCCCAGAUCUGCAGGAACCAUACGGUUUGAGGAGGGAAUUACCCAGAGAUCAUUGCUGCCUUACUGGAUCCAAACAAAGCAUUUCUGCAGGAACUAAACAUACUAUGAUUAAUAUAGUGUUCAUUCUGGAGGGCAUUCCCGACUCCCUUGUCCCGAAUGACACCCGUUAUCAUCUGGUCACCCCUCUGCAGGUAGCAUACCACCUCUGCGAAACAAACCCCCAGAUGUUGCACCGUGAAGGACAGAAAUAAUGAGCUGCACAGCUGCCUUAACCUGGACCUCCUGUACCCGUCCAACACGCUCCACCUUAUGGCUAGGUUUUCCUAACGCCACAGCUUGCCAGUAUUUAGACUCAAAGCGUGUUUGGGGAAGAUCACCUUCACUCACGGCAUAGUUUAUAACCUCAACGAUAGAAAAGGAGCAGACGUUAAAGGGGACAUAUCAAGGGGAAAGUACAUUUGGAGUGCCUACGAACCCAACAUGUUUAGUGAGCAGCUUCACCAGAAAACAUGACCUUCAGAUGUUGCUGUACUUUUAUAUCACAUGGAGAUUCAUUCAAAUAUACCUGUCACUACCCGAUGUGUAGGCUACCGGAAACCCGAUCCCGCGCGCAAAUAAUGGUUUACAGUGUUGUUGAGAAACUCUAUCGAAACACACACAAACAUCCCAUGGAUAAAAUACUAUCGAGCUGAAGGCCUUAUAGACAAAGAAAAAGAAAUAAAAUAGAUCAUAAUAAAACAUGUGUUUACGAAAGCCUUUUUUAGAUCACUUUGUAUUGAUAACACAUCUUUACAAAAAUGCAAAGCUUAAUAAAUGUACCUUGAUAUAUUUAAUUGAUUAAUUGAUUAUUUUAUUUAAGCUAUGCAAACAUUUGACUAGCUUUUCUUUGUUUAUACGUGACGAAAUGAGCUCCAUAUCUUAAACAUUCUUCACCAAAACAAGAGAGAAUGGGUUUAUUUUAUUUUAACCAAUUUAAGUCUUCUAUUUUAUAACUAAUCAAACCAAGUUAGUUUAUUGAAAUCCCAGAAAACUGCCGUAAAUUGCUUCAACAUACUUCAGUGAGCAUCAUGGGAACUAGCGGCGUAUUCGCACAUGCGCAAAACCCAACAAGAACUGGAUCCUGCGUUGGAGGCGGGACCUGGUUAAAUCCUACGAGAGCUGCAUGAAGACAAAAUGGCCUGAGAUUCUCAAGAGCGAAACGUCACAAAUUACCCAUCAUGCCGGGCUAACGAGCACGGAGCAUGCGCAGUUGAGUUCCCAUUAAGCCCCGCCCCCGAUCUCCCGCUUUGAGAACAUCAGCUUUUAGCGCAUUUCACAACUUUAAGUACAUACUAUUUUUAAUGAGGGCUAUAAAAGGGUUCAUACGUGGUAGUUUAUUUGGUUUAGAAAAUGACCCACCGAUUUACAGACGUCUCUUUCCCCAAUGUGAAAAAGCGGGACUGGGCCGGGUGACGUCACGGACUGAUACGGAAGUUGUAGUAUCGUGACUCCUGACUUUGAGAAAAAAUUCGCCAUCGAUUUUCGUAAAACUGCUCAUAUUUGAAAUCUAAACACUUGAUUUCUCGCCUCAAAGUGAAUUUGUAGUGAUGAAAUAGCAUACGAAAAUAGUAAAAACGUACCGUGUUUCAAUGGCGUCGAGUAAUUUUCCGCUCCUCGAUUGAAUGCCGAAAUGAAUGCUGGGAUAUAUUCGCUGCCGGGUUAACACAAGUUAGCAUCCGAUGCAUCCUUGGUAAAAUGGGCGUGUCGAGAACAUUUCCGCGAAUACAUCCGGGAACUUUAUCCGUUCUUGGUGAAAGCGAACUUGGGUUUGGGACAGUACUUGGGCAGCAAGAGAUGACGUUUCUCAAGAACACGAGCACAGACAAGAACGCAAAUUGAGAAAAAGGCCCAUUUUCUCAAAGUCAGGAGCACUUCCUGGUACGGAACGGGUAACGACAAUACCUCCCCCACAAUUUCACGACACAUAAGCCAAUCAGAACAGACUAGGCUUUUUUAGGAGUUGGUCUUAAAGGGACAGGCGCUAAAACGGCGCGUUUGAGACAGAGGGUGAAAGCAUGUUUAUUAAAGAAGAAAGAUUAUGGGUUUUUUUUACAUUAAGCACGUAAACAUGUUCUUUGAAAAACCCUUAAUACAUGUAUGAACCUUAAAAUGAGCAUGAUAUGUCCCCUUUAAAUGAAGGAGUUUACACUUAAGCAGACGCCCCUUUAAUACAAAUGUCCAUCGUAAAGCAUCCAGGUGCUGAUCAAGGAGCAACAAGUCCUCACCUUUUAUUUUUGGAUUGAUCCUGGAGCAGCACUGCAGUUUUAUGAACCUUUUCAGCUUUGUGUUUGUGUCUCCAUAACAUGUCGUCUGUUUGUGUGUCACUGUGUCUGUAACUGGGAAGCCAUACUGAAACUAUAAUCUCUUAUUACUGCAAGUAGAGUUUCUGUUCUCUGGUUGUGUGCUUUGCGUUGGUCCCUGUGUCGAUGAAGCAAACAGCAACCUUUAGGCGAAGAGAAAGCUUUAUUUUUCUAUUCCUGACUCGAGUUUGGGGAGUCUCCUUUUUGCUAUCUUUCCUUCCGUCCUCUUACUGUGGAUUUCUAGUCGUGCCGCCAGGUCUUAGAAGGACGAUGAGCUGGGGUCUUCUUCUUGUGUUUUUGUAAUUGCAUAUUUUUCUGACUUGAUCUGCUUUGUUUUUUAAAAACAAAAACAGUGAAAAACCCUUU